AUGGACAGCUGGACUCUCCAGGGGGACAGCUACUCCUUCCUGCGCAGUGCGCCCCGCACCUUUUCCCUGUGCCAUCGUGACGGCACCCCCAACCACGUUGAAAUUUUCGACAUCAUCAACGUCCCUAAUCAGCGCAGUUCAAUUUCUGAGACUACCUGCCUGUGUGACAUUUUUGGAGACGACUGUGAGUCACCCUCCCUCUCGAGCAGCCCUGCUGUAGGGGCUUUUGUUCCUUCCCAGAGGGAGGUGGACGGGUCAGCUGCUGCAUCUCCCCUGGUGGAUGACCUGAACGACUCCUCAGGCUCUUAUCACACUGCACAGGGCUCCAGUGAAGGAGAGGAGGGCUUUGAAGAUUCAAGAGAAAGGCUUCACAGCCCCCUGUUGCAGAGCGAGUCUUCAGAGAGGAGGCAGCCAGAGGCCGAGAGACUGAACUCAGGGCAUCCAGAAGUUUCUGAGGACAGUAGCCCAAAUUUAGAUCCAGAAAACAAAUCACCGGUAUCACAGCUUGCUUUAGCUAGCCCAUCACCUGAAGUCCUCAACACUGGUGAGAGGACCCCCACUCCUGGGCACAACAGCCCCUAUACCUUGAGUCCAGAGGGAACAGCAUCAUUCUCAUCUUCCUCCUCAGUUGAAAAUAGAUGUUCGCCAUCACCACCUAAUCCCAGACAAGCCCAUUCAGAAGCCGAACCCAGGAGGAUCACUCCUACUAUCAUAGAUAGACACAACAGCCCCUCACAUCAGUCUUUCACCCCAAGUCCUUCCCCUGAGCCCCAGAACUGUGUCAGCUCAUCCUCCUCUGAAUCAGUGAACACCCAGUCUUUACCUGAUCCAAGGAGCAGCUACUUCAAUCAACACAGCAGUCCUUCACCAGAGCACAUAAGCAAAGAUUUUUCUCUAGAUUUCACAGACUCAGCCUUUGAAUCUAGAACCAUCCUUUCAUCUCCUUUACAUUCAUCCAGUAGUACAGAGUUCUCAUCCCAGUCAAGAGAGGCACGGGUCUCUCCUGAGCUGAAUACUAGGCCCUACUCCCCUGAUACUCAAGCAUCAUCUCCUUUUCCUGAGCUGAGAGGGAGGGUCUCCCUGCCUGAUCUCUUCAGCAGAAGCUCCACACCUGAUAUUGAAGAAUCUACCCACACCCCUGAGCUAGUUUCAGAUCUUUCCACUGCAGGGAGAGACGCCACAACUACUCCUGAGCACCAAGCCACGAGGCUAUCAGCUGAACCUGUCAGUGCUGUGUCUUCGCCCGCUCCACGAUACACACCUCCCUCACCUGUCAUUUCAAUAGCAACAUCUCCUGAGCUUGUGGAGCGUAGUGUCUCACCUGAAUCAAGUCACACUGCUCCAUCACCUGGCCUGCUCAGCACUGCUUCUCCAACUAAAUCUGCGGCCAGAACGCCCUCUCCUGGCCCCUCAUAUAAAAUAAGACACAUUUCAGCACCUUCUGAAAUCAGGGCCCAGGUGUCUUCACCUGUUGUAAGCUAUAGUUUAUCUCCAUCACCUGAAGUUACAAGUAACAGCUCUCCCAUAGAGCACAGAUAUACUGCUCCCUCACCUGAAAUCAGGAUUACAGCAUCCUCACCUGAGGUCAAUAGGAAGGAGCGGUCUUCUGAAGUGGAGACGUCAGCCUCUCCUCUCUUAGAGCCUCCCUUUGACUCAUCCUCAUCAAGAAGCCUCACUUCAUCCCCUCAUAUCACAGGGAUUUCUUACUCUGUUGUUCAGCCUGAGGACAGGGUCACUCCCCCAUUUCCUGAGCUCUCUCGUCGCUCCACCCCUGAGCCUGACACAACACUUGUGUCGCCUGAUGCAAGGAGCCCUACCCCAAGCAAAGAUAGCAUACAGAGCAGUAUAGCAGAGUCCACCAGUACACCACGAGACUCACCUCAUACAUUAGGCUUCACAAGCUCUGUCGUGCAGCCUGAAAUAACGCUGUCGCAUCAACCCAGGUACCGAACACCUUCACCUCAGCUAAAGUAUCGCACUCCCUCACCUGAGCCAAGAUAUCAAACCCCUUCAUCUGACAAGUACCAGAGUCCCUCACCUCAGCACCGAAGUAAAGAGCCAUCACCUGUUGCCCCAAUUCCUGAACAGAGAUAUCAUCAGCAUUCACCAGGGUACAACCCUCAGUAUACACAGCCUACUCCUCCUCUGAGCAAUACACCUGAGGUUGAGAGGGAUUGCUCUUCAGCUGAUCUGACAGAAGCACAGUACCCCACACAUUUGGCAACAGAGAGUGUGUCACCCUCAUUUGAAUUAGACAGAGGAGACAAAUCAGUUGUAGCCGAAAUCAAAGGCAGAUCACCAGUGGUGGCACUUCAUUCACCUGCACCUACCUCACCUUUCUUAGCUGAAGAAGAGGUGGACAGUUCACCGAAACAACAAAGCACAGAGAGAGAAGCAUCGCUAAAGGAAGCAAACCUUCAGGAUAACUCAGGCAUAGCCGUCUUCUCUGAGGAAAAACAAGCCACUGGCCUCACCUUAUUUAAGAAAGAAGACACUUAUAAUAAUUCUCCCUCUGAAAUCAAGUCAUCCUCCCCUAAUCUUCUAGAGUCCAAGGACAGGAGUCCAAGCAUUUCCCCUGUCCGCAGGGCUCCAUCCAGAUCACCUGUGCAGACGCUGCAAAAACCACAGCCUCAGUUCACUACUUGUUCCCGAAGUCCUGAAAGCAACAACUCUUUAAAAUCACCCUAUACACAGGAACACAUAAGAAGACAGCUGUCAACUAGUGUUAGACUUGAAAACAAAGAAAGGUUAACAGAGGGCAUGGCCCACCAUGUGAACAGAAGGCGGACUCCCUCUCCGCCACUCACCAGGUUUACACCUGUCCACAUCAUAGCCCCUGAGAAACCAUACAGACACUGGCAAAACAGAAGCUGUAGCCCCUCUCAGAUUGUAGCAUCCUCACCAAGUGGUAAUUUAAAGAAAGCGGUGACAAAUAGGGAAAGCCCCGAUGUUGCCCCUGUUGACAAUAAUAGCCAGGCCCAGUGGGUCAGGCUAGGAACGCAAUUGGAGAUGGAGAGGGAAAUGCAGCUGGAGGAGGAUAGAGAGGUAGGUAGGGAGAGGCAAAUGGAUAGGGAGAUGGAGAGAGAGCGAAAGAGGGAGGAGCAGCUUCCUGAAAAGGGGAAGGGGUGGCAAGGGGACGCCAGUUACGGAGGGGAACAGGUUGAGCUGUCAUUCAAUGCCAGGAAUAGAAAAGGGCCUGCGAGUCGCAGAACAGCUCCCACAAGCAGAGAGACCCGUCAGGGACUGCCAACAGUGCAUUCCUAUUCAGAGAGUUUGCUUGCCACCAGACAGCUACAGCAACAACAGAGUCUGCUUAGACUGGCUUCCCAGCAGGACACCAGGGGUGGUGCUACUAGCAGACGGCUACAACCUCCUGCCCACAAGAACAAGAACGGUGCUCCUGGACGCGUGGCCGUAAACAGGCCCUGUCGGAGUUCCAGCUCCAGCAUGGGAAGUGAGCUUGAUGAGGCAGACAAUGAGGUGAAGUGGUUUACAGACUUGGCUUUCCGCAGCCUGUCAAGCCCUGAGGUAGAUUACCUCGAUAUGUACAACUCCAGCCACCGUUCGUCUACCAACAUUUCUCAACCAUCUACCCAGGAGAGCCCAGCGGGGGUCAAUGCUGCCUGGCUAGCCUAUGCUGACUUCAGGGGUUCUGCUCCAAAACUGGACACUGAUGAACUCUCCUUCCAGCAACCAUCUGCAUACUACUCAGAUGGCCUAGAUCCAUCACGACGCUAUGACAUGGGCAGCUUUGAGUGCGUAGAUGUGGCCGUGGAAAGAGAGGACUCCAGGAAGGUGAGAAGAGGAGUACCAAAGAGACAGAUCCAGCUGAAGAGAAAGGAUACUGCUGAAGGGAAACAGGAUGAGAGCAGUGAAAAUAGCAGCCCUGGGGUUCCAGUGAUGGUGGAAAGCCCCUCUCUAGAGAGUCACUCCAGAGAGACACUGAUGAGACAACACAGUACACCAGCAGCAAUGCAAGAAUUCUACACCUCUGAGCGCAGCCCUGAGCCCAAUCAACAAAAUGAAAGAAAAUCCAAGCUCCAUAAAUCUGCUUCUCUGGAUGAAACAUGCACUAAAACCAAGAUGGCCUCUUGUCUCAUCAAGAACGUGCUGUCCAAGAGGAUGCAAAGUGUUGAUAAACAACCUGAUGAGCAGGCAGGAGAGGAAGUGAGCCCCGCUGUUGAGGAAAACAGCCCACCAACAGAGAGUGCAGUGGCACCACGUAGAGAGUCUCCAAAACCUGACGCACAUACUCUGAGUUCCAGUUUUCAGUCAGAUUACAGUCUCUCAUCUGAAAGUCUUUCUUUUGUGAGAGGGGAACCAAGCACAAAGGACGACGCCAAACCACUAAAAAGCUGUGGAGUGAGAUCCGGUUACAGGCCAAGUUCAUCCAGCAGCAGCAGAAGUGUCAGCUUUUCACAGACUGAGAGUGAAGAGGCUGAUUCUCAAAGCAGGAAUGCAACCUCCUCAAGAUCUGAAACGAGAUCAAAAUUGAAAUUGCCGUUCGAUAGUAACCAGUCAAGAGCCGGAGAACAACAAGCAGAUGAGCGUAAAAUGUGGGAUGGAAGGGAGGGUGGUGACUCAGCAAAUGCCACUGCCGGGAACACAGGAGCUCCUUCUGCCACUGGAGCCAGCAGCACGCAGGCAAGGGCGACAAAUAGAGACCAGGAAUGUGAACACACAGAGGACCAUAAACAAGUGCAACAGGGUGACAAGGGCGCCUACACAUCAAAAACACAGGAGAUUACACUCAAAGCCGUGGAGAAAAAGAAAGCCUCCCUAAAUGUCUGUCUCACACCUGAGGCAGAAAACAAACCUGAGGCCUCUUCACCAGACAUGUCUUACAGAGAGAGGGAGGAAAGAAUAGAGAUCAGUGUAGCUGAGAAAACAGAGGAAGAGGAAGGAAAUGGGGCAAAUCCAGUUAAGGUCCCUAUUCACAAAGUCAGAGAUGUGAGGCGACUUGUAAAAAAUACAUAUAAUCUGUCCUUCAAGGCAACUAGUGCUGUAAUGACCUCGAAUGUGAAUGAAGAAAGGGUUGGAAAUUUUAAUGAGGAAACGAGGGAAGACAUAAAAGAGGAAAGGAGGGAAGAGGUCAUAGCAGAGGACGAGAGGGAUGUAAGGCAAGCGGCAAGGAGGGAGGAGAGGGAAGGGCAGUUCAGGGUGGAGGGGAAAGAGGAACAGAAAGAGGAGGUAAAGGGCUCAAAGCUGUUCACCUCAUCUCCACCUCUUCAGAGCAAACCAAAUCCUUUGUCUCGUCCACAGCCAAUGCAGAUAGAAUACAAGGCUGUUUGCUGGAAAGAGGACAAAAAUAAAAUCUCGGGCAGCACGAAAGACUCAGAGAACCCAGGUGGCAAACCCCGGGCCUCUCCAAAGCAUGCCACAGAGUUAAGCAGAGAUUCACAGAUGUCCUCCAAUGCAAAUACACAGAAUCACACGGCAGGAGACAAGUCAUGCCAACACGAUUUAAACAUGGCAGCAGAAACAGGAGAGACAGAAGUGCAGAAAGUGCCAGAUAAUGAGGACAAACCUGUGGUGGUCAGAACAGACAGGAAACCUCCCAUGCUGGGGAGCCUCCCCAAACUGCCCAGUAAAGAAAGAGAGGUGUCCACUGCUGUAGUGUUAAUAAGGGAUGGAUCCAGCAAGACCAAAACAUCUGUAUCUCCAGCCCAGGAAGAGAUCCAUACCCCGCUUCAAGUUCCAGUUUCUUCACUUUCACCAGGGCCCAACACCCCUGGCAGUACCCACAGUAGCAGCGGCCACUCGGUUUCCAUGUUAUUAAAGGAGAAAGGCUACCAAGCUGACAUCGGGGCUGUGGUGGGUGACAACCAGAAUGCAGCUGGAGGUAAAGGGCCUCCCCGUAAGCAUGUCAACUGCCUGGAGAUCCCUCUUCAGACCACCACUCCUUCAGGUGGAGGUCGGAUCGAGUCUCAUAGAGAGAGGACAGUCUCCUCCUCAUCGACCACAUCUGGCCCCUCAGCAGUAUCUGAUAACACAGACACUCUUGCAAAGACCAAAGAAGAAGAGGGCGUUGGCAUUAAGCCUACUGUAAAAGACACGGCAAAGCAAAAAAGUGCAUCUUUGCUAAGGAAUACGCUGGAGCAAAUACCACCUCCCACCAAACAGAAGGAAGUAGGAGAUUUUGAAGCAGUGAAAAGACUAGAUCCAACUUUCCCCCCGAGGUCCCCGGCAAUAAGGAGGUUCAGACCACAGCCAAUUGAGGUUAAGUCACUGUCUAAAGAAACACAGAAACAGGAGAUGCCCACAAACUGUACAGGAAACAACAGGCCUCAAACCAUUGAAGUCAAAUCUAUAGCUAAAAAUUCUCAAAAGCCAGCUGUGCCUCCAAAACCGAGCUGCAAAUUCAAACCUGCAGAUAUAGGAGUGAUGCCAAAUGAAGCACAGAGACCACCAGCAACAAUAUCCACUGUAAAACCACAUAGUGAGGAGAGGCCUCAAACGAUUGUAGUGUCCUCACCGACAAUCUAUAGAAAGAUCUCCAAUGAGUCAACAUCAGCAUCAAACUAUACAAGAAAAGUAGCUGUCUCUGCAGUGUCCAGCCUCAAACCUCCACCUUGCAAAACAGCAGCAACCACUAUCUCCAAUCUCUCAAACCAGUCAACAGCACCAUCAGAGACAGAGCCAUCUCAAGACGGAGGUCAGCAGCAAAAGCCAAACCAGUCUAGUUAUACGCAGAGGCCCACAACCUUAACUACAGCCCCAACAUCAGCUUCUGACCCAGGUUUAACCUCGGCUGCUGGUCCAGUUUAUGACCCAAAAUCAAACCAAGUCCCUGGACCUGCCUCGGCUGGAGCCAACCAGCCAAGCCAGCCAGUUGUUAUGGAUCCAGACAGCCAGCCACAGCAUCCCACCACAGCAUACCCUCAUGAGCAAGCUAUGCCGGUAACUUCACACAAUAUAAAACAACCCGCUGCUGUUUCCACAACACAAGCGCCAGGAUACACACACCAGCCAUUCUCCAGAUCAUUCUCCAGUGAGCGCUCUCAAAGGACAGAUGACUUGCGCUUUUAUGCCUCAGAUGACCCUCCAAGCUACGAUGAAAGAGAGAGCUUCAGUCCCCUCAUGCUCCCAGAUCUGACCCCCAGGAGGUCAAAUCGCUAUCAGCCUUCCUCCCGCCCUCCUCCCUGCUCCUGCACAGCUGGCUGCCCUUCCCACCCUGGUCUCACCCCUCCUCACCAUCACCGCAGCCCCCAUACCCUCACACCCCCUGCCCCUCCCCAUUCUCCGGGCCAGGCGCUGCCUUACCCAGUGGCUCAGCCCCCUCUCCGUCCGCACCAGUGCAGACCUGACCCUCAGCAGAUGAGCUACCAGCCCGGCUCUCCCAAAUCAAGUCCUCUUGGUCCUAGCCAGCCACCGACCAUGUACCAGCCUCUCCACCAGCCUCCUUCCUGCCCUCCCCACCCCUCACUCAUGCAGGCCUGCCCUGCUGACCGCCCACUGCAGCCACCCCAGCAUAUUGACUCUCGACGUCCCCCUGUCCACAGAUCCCCCCAGCAACAGCCACCAGGCAUGGCUGGGGCUCCUUACAGCGAUACAGGCCACGGCCACUCUCCUGGCCUUCCUCCUAUGGAUCCCCAGUACCUGUGUGGCCCUCAAAGCCUUGGGCCUUCUUAUGGAUCUGAAUAUGGGGGUGACAGCUCUAGUUUGUACUCAGAAAGUGGCUAUGGACAGACACCUCGCAGAGUGCUCCUGGAUCCUGAGACAGGCAAGUAUUUUUAUAUUGAGGUGCCUGUACAGCCACUGAGGAAAAUGUUGUUUGACCCAGAGACUGGCCAAUAUGUGGAAGUGCUCAUCCCGCAGCAAGCAAUGUCCCAAUCGGGCCUGUAUCCCCCUUCAGCAGCCCCCUUCUCAUCUCUCCACAACACCAACAUGUAUGCCCCUGCUCCGCAGUAUAUGCCAUAUGCAGCUCCUCCUCCUCCUCCAGCUCACCCCCAGGCUCAGCCCCAGCCACCCCGAUAUCCCGAGGCCUCUGCUGCAGCAACAAUGCACCCAAGUGGGCCUGGGGUCAGCUACAGGAAUCCCUCUGGUCAGGCAUCCAAGCCAGAGCCCCAGAACCACCCACCAUUGGACCAGAGCUACCUGGAGAGUAUGUAUUAUGUCCCUACAGGGAUGAAUGCGAGCCCCAAUCCCACUCCUCCAGACUAUUACCACAAACAUCCCCCCAGCCUACCCCCAACAGGGGGGAAAAGGUCCUGAAAUAGAGGAUAGAGGCCGCCUUCCUGGAGCCUGUUAGGUUUUAAAUACACAGUGUAUAAAGGGAGGUGUCUAAUGUUAGCCUGUAAUGUUAUUUGAGUUUUCACAUUGCAACUGAAGACAGCAAUUCUUUGGUUGUUUAUUUGCUGCUGCUUGUUCUGUGCAACGCUGCUUUAAUAGAACAUGAAACAUGAUUCUUGAGUUAAUAGUUUUGAAAAUACAAGCUCUGAAGUCUUUUUUAUGUGGUGUUCAUAGGAUUAUGACCUAAAUCUAAAAUGAUCUAUUAAAAUGUUUGUUAUUUUUGCUGCAGGGUUAGAACAUCAUACUGUAGUUCACCAGAAAUGCAUAGGCACUAUAAAUCAAAAGGUUUACUGAUAUCCUGAUCUGUGUACUUUCACAAGAAAUAUCACCAAAAAACUUGAAAAUACUGUCUCAA